AAUCAAACAAGUCGCACUCGAAAUCCAAAAUGGCGACGAUACCUCCACCUCCCUCGAAGCGGCAGAAGAGGGAGACAUUAGCCCUCACACAAACUCAGCAAGAUGCGACAGCCAAAUUCGCUUCCGCAGAUGCUGGUUCCUUCAAGGCUCGGUUCGUCGACAGCGAAGGAAACGAGACCGACGCAGUUGAGAUACCACUCGCCGAUGCUUCCGAGAAGAACGUCUCUCUCCUAUACAACACACUUCUUGGCCGUGACCGGGAAGAGUUCAUCCCCUACCGCUUCCACAUCCAAAACGCCCAGGGGGAUGUCGUCCAGUACCCGUCCAACCUCUUGGAAUAUUUCCAAAAGAACGACAUCAGUCCGAACGAAAUCACCAUCACCCUAGUAGCCGAGCCGCAGGCCGUCUUCCGAGUCCAGGCAGUAUCCAGGCUCGCGCAUCGGAUCCCCGGCCAUGGCCAACCGAUCCUCACCUCCCAGUUCUCCCCGAAGACGAGUAGUCGCUUUGCCACCGGUAGCGGCGAUUGCACGGCCAGGAUAUGGGACGCAGACACAGGGACGCCAAAGUUCACCCUCAAGGGACACGCGGGCUGGGUCCUCGACGUGAGGUGGAGUCCGGACGGCGAGCUGCUGGCCACCUGCAGCAUGGACAAGACGCUGAGGAUCUGGGACCCCGAGACGGGAACCCUGUUAAAUCACGAAUUGCGGGGCCACAAGGACGCCGUGCUGCAGGCGGCUUGGGAACCCUACCACCUCCGGGAGAACGGCCAACGACUGAUCGUCAGUGCGAGCAGGGACGCGACGGCGAGAGUAUGGAAUGUCGGGACUGGACGUACGGAACACGUGCUCAGUGGGCACAAGAGCAGUGUAACUUGCGUGAAAUGGGGAGCGGGUGGUGAGAAUGGCACAGGUCUGAUCUACACGGGGUCGCAUGACAAAAACGUUCGAGUGUGGAACGCCUCGGCAGGCACGCUGGUGCAUGAACUGGCCGGCCACAAGCAUUGGGUCAACCAUAUCGCACUAUCGAGCGACUUUGCGCUCCGAACCGGCUAUUUCGACCACACGAAUGACAUUCCCAGCUCUGAUGCCGACAAGAAAGCCAAGGCGAAGGCACGGUUUGAGGCCUCCGGCAAAACGGAGCGACUGGUGUCCGCGAGCGAUGACCUGACCAUGAUACUGUGGGAUCCCGCGAACGCCGGAAAGAAGCCGGUGGCACGCCUACAUGGCCACCAGAAGGCGGUUAAUCAUGUCGCUUUUUCGCCGGACGGGACGGUCAUUGCCAGCACCGGUUGGGACAACCAUACCCGUAUAUGGAACGCAAGGGAUGGGUCCUUUAUUCGCAAACUCCUGGGGCAUGUUGCGCCGGUCUUCCAGUGUGCCUUUUCGGCCGACUCGAGGCUUCUCGUCACGGCGUCACGCGACACCACGUUGAAGGUCUGGAAUGUUCGAGGGGGGAAACUCGCGCGGGACCUGCCGGGGCAUGAGGACGAGGUCUACACCGUGGAUUGGGCGCCGAGUGCCAAUAAUGUCUGUAGCGGAGGGAAGGACAAGGCGGUCAGGCUUUGGCGGAACUGAUAGAGCGGUUUGAAAUCUUGGCUGAUGCGCUAUCUGCAGUCAUCUUUGGCUGACGAAGCAGGCUGAGUUGCACGGACUGUGAUAGAGCUUUUCCCAACCGGAGUUGGAGUGUGCACUUGGUUUUCUCUGUUCAAUAUAGCAAAGACAGCGUCUCGUAUGCUUCACCUAGCUUCAACUUUGACCACCUCCCAGU